AUCACACUGAUCCCAAAAACUUGAGGUGUAAGAGUCUUUCAAUAAUUUUUUCUAUCGCUCUAGCUACUUUUUUGUAGAAUAAUCACUACAGCGUAAGCAAUGGAAGAAAAAUGUAAUUGCCUACACUGUGGCGUAUGGUUGCUAUGGUGACUAUUAUGGUUGUUAUGGCUUUCUAUGGUUGCUAUAGCUGCUAUGACUGCCGUAAUCACUCUGCUGCGACAGGGAACCUGGUCAAAAAAUUGAUGAUCAAGAGCAUUAAAGAAAGAGCCCGAAUUACUGGAGCUGUCAUUUGGGAAGUAAAGACGUUGUCGACUGGUGACAGUUGCUUUACAAAUAGGAUUAUUAACUGCCGCUUGAUUGAUCAGAGUGUACUAAAAUUUAUCGAAGGGAAGGUUACAGUUGACUUCUCAGCCCAAUUUCAAAGAGAAUUAAGGGAUAACAGCUCGGAGAGCAGCGCUACCCGCUGGCUGCUUUAGUUUAGAUGUUAAACCAUCAAAAUUCUCUUAAAUGACAAUAAACUGCCACUGC